CUUUUUUAAUGAUUCCCGCUCAAAAUGGCGGACAGCUUGACAUCUUAUCUGUAUGUUUUGUUUGUUGUUUCAUACUUCUUUCGAUCUCUAACCAGCGAAAAUAUAAGGAGAUUAGUUCCCGAGCAGUUGCAACCAAACGAGUAUCUCUCGCACAAUGAAUCAAGGAUCUAUUGGCUUACCAAUCUUGAACAUGAGUGUGACUAUGAACUGAGGAUAUCAUACCCUGCAACGAUACCGACAACAUUUCUACUAGAGCUCACCAGUCCAAUAAAUUAUUUACCUGGACAUCAAGGACGAAAACUAUUAAACAUAGAGAAAAUGAUAUUCAAAAAUUCAAAAUCUGAUCAGUACGCAAAGGUAACUGCAAUAAGGACUGGUUUACCUUGGAAUUCUGCAAAGUUAAAAGAUCGUGUAUAUUUUAAUAUAGUUUUAGAAAAAUUGUACUUUGGUCUACCACUGGAAGUCUGGAAGACAGGAGUUUUCAUACUCUGUACUUUAAUUAUUGUUUUUACAUUAAUAUUGCCUAAGAUACAAGGCUUCUUUGAAAAUGAGAACUUAAAAUCAGCAAAAAUGAUUUAGUAAAUUAUUAUUUGGUGGCUUAUCACAAAGUGAACACAAACUUUAUUGAAACCAAAGAACUUAAUUAUUGUAUAUAGAUUCAACAAGUGAUGCCUUUGUUACAAUAAGAACAUAAAAGAGCAUUAAAAACAUGUUUCUUUUACUGGUUGUUAAAACACUUUUCAUUGAAUGCAUUACUGCUACAGUAAAUAUAAACUGUGACCUCUAUUUCUAUAUUUAGUGUAUCUCGGUCUCGAUUUACGUUCUACGAGACAUCUGUUUGUCAUUGUAGCUUAGCAACAGGGUUUCUAGAAAGCUACGUUGUGCCAGGCACUGCUGUUCAUUCAUUUCUUUGUUAUCAAGAGAAAAAGAACUGCAAAGACGUGGCCUUUGAAGCAGCACUUCUUUUUCAAAGCCAAUGUAAAUGCACAUUGUUAAAGCAAGGAAUAUAUUUAUUGUUCGCUGAGAAUCCACUCGACCAUCAGUCUACUUCCGCGUUAUGGAGGAUGUUAUCUUUGUACGCCAACGUGCUUAUGUGAAAACAAGAUUUGUCGGAAGAGGCACGUUUGGAAAGAUAUAUCUAGUUAGAGAUACCGAAGAAAAAUAUCUUUAUGCCUUGAAGCAAAUAAAUAUUGAAAACCACAGUCAUGCUUCAGCAAUAAAAACAGAGUUUUUGGCGAUGUUGGCCUCGCUUCGACAUCGACAUAUCAUUCAUUUAUUUAGUUGCGCCAUCUCAAAGUCAAGUAAAUCUCAGUUAGUUGCUAACUUCAUCAUGGAGUAUUGUCCAGGCGGUACUUUAAAUGAUAGGCUUUCGAUUCCUAAUUCAAAAGUGCUUGAUUUGAAAUGGAUGGUUCAGAUUGCAGAUGCUGUAACUUUUUUGCACCAGAAAGAGAUAGUCCACCGUGACCUGAAAGCUGACAACGUACUGCUCACUGUUAGUAAUAAUGUAAAGAUUUGUGACUUGGGUCUUGCUUCUUUUUCAAUACAUCUACGGCAUUGCGGCAGUAGCUCCAAAUCACUAGGACCCGAUCAAGUGGUAGGAACACCAUGUUUCUGGUCACCUGAGCUCUUCAAUGGUUGCAGACAUCAAAAGUCAAGCGAUGUUUUUGCAUUGGGACACAUUCUAUAUGCUAUUAAAGAACGAUGUUAUAUCAAACGUAAACCAAUGAAAAGGUUGUAUGGUGCAUUUAUUACUACUAUUGAUAGGGGAGCUAUAUCUUUAGGCCAAGCACAGAGCAAAAGCUCUCAGCCUUGUAACUUGGCUUUCGCGCCUGAUAAAAAUGUAGUCGAUCGAGGAAUUCGUAACAUCACAGCAGCUGUUCUUGCCUAUGAUGCAGAGUCGCGCCCUAAAAGCGAACAAGUGUAUCAACAUUUGAAGUUAACAGCGAGGAUGUUGGUGACAAUUAUCAGAGACAACUCUCAACAAUCUCUCUAUCUCUAAAACACUGAAAGAAAAAUGAGAGGGUAGGUGUGGUGCAAAUAUUAAAGAACGUUAAUUACAUACUAAAGUAUUGCUACUUAAAAGUUUCUAAUGGAUGAAAGACGUGUUCAUCUUAUGCUUUUUUUUCAUUUAUACUAGUGCCUCUAAGAUAAGGAAACUAAUAGACGUCAAUCCCGCUGUCAUACCAUGUAAUGUGCUGUCGGACCAUCCCCCUUAAAUCGUGUGAUGCAUAUACCGAUCAGCUGAUCACGUUACUCUCCAUCGCCAUACUAAACUCAACCAAGUGCCUCGAGUAGUGGGCAAAUUAGUCUAAUAGUACUGCUUUAAUUACUCAUUGUUAAUAAAGUACAAAACUUUUA